CCCUAAAAAAUGAACGAAUUCAUUUCCUGGUGCAAAGGCCGUGGCUAUCAAUUCGAUGGCCUAGAAAUCACAUGUCCACCACCCGGAAAUUGCGGGAACGGAAUCUACGCGACAACAGGAUUCCGUACUGGAAAAGCGUUUAUAACUCUUCCAGAGACUGAUAUGAUCAACGCGGCACUUGUCGUAGAUCUCCCGGUUUAUCGCAAAAAAUUGGCAAAAAUCGGCGGAGAAAAACUGAAGCCAAUGGAGAUUUUGACAAUGUUUUUCGCGUUUGAAGACACGGAACACUCCGCCUGGUCACCUUAUUUAAAAGUUUUACCAAAGGAAUUUAAUACGCCAGCUUUUAAGGGAAUUGACUAUGAUGUGAAUACUCUUCCGUUGUCUAUUCGAAAAUAUUGGAUUGAUCAGAAAAAGGAAAUUUCCGAGAUUUCGGAAAAGCUCCGCCGCCUCUUUCCCGAACUGAGCCACGACAAGAUAUUAUGGGCGUGGCAUGUGGUGAAUACUCGGUGCAUUUUCGUUGAAAAUGAAGAGCACGAUAAUGUGGAUAAUAGUGAUGGAGAUACGAUUGCAGUUAUUCCAUAUGUUGAUAUGCUUAAUCAUGAUCCGGAAAAAUAUCAGGGUCUCGCACUUCAUGAAAAGCGAAACGGGCGGUACGUUGUCCAGGCGAAGCGUCAAAUUCAAGAAGGCGAACAAAUAUUCGUGUGUUAUGGUGCACAUGACAAUGCUCGGCUGCUCGUCGAGUACGGCUUCACACUGCCACACAAUUUGGGCGCUAAAGUGCUCAUUCCGCAAGAAAUGCUGUUAACCCUUGCAAAAAUCGCCGGAAUCCAGGUAACCCGGGAGCAUGAGAUGGUCCUCGAAGAGGUCGGGCUCCCGAGCCAUCUCUACGCAACCGAUGAGGGUCCGAGUUGGUCCCUACGCACAAACAUCCGUGUGAUGCUCCUCGAGCACUGGCAAAUGGCGAACGGGCGCUGGAAGAAGAUCAUCUACUCGCACGAUCCGAUUGAUGAUGAGGUGGAUGAGAAAAUCGAUGAGAAGCUGGAGAUAAUGCUGAAAGAGCUGAGAAAUGGGGUGGCGGAGAAGGCGAAAAAGAUGCCGACGGAUGUGAAAUGGAUGUGGGAGGAACAGGUCAAAGUGUGUGAUGUGGCACUUCAAUCGUUUGAGAAAAAGGAGAAGCUGGAAGAGAAGGAGAAGCUGACAGAAGAAUAUAGUUAAAUCUUGUUUUUUUUUGUUAAAAAUUUAGUUUGAUAUUUAUGUUGAUGUUAAAAAUGAAAAUGGUUUUC